AUGAAGGAAUCACACUCUCUCGAGCUCGCAUCAAGGUCCGAAAUCUCAAUUUGGACCGAGACAGUUUUGUUUGCCAUAAUUAACGUUUUGGUUUUCUUUGGCAACCUUCUUACUUGCUACAUCGUGUACAGAAACCACAGGCUCCGCACAAUUCCCAACAUGUUCGUGAUAGCAUUGGCUGUAAGUGAUAUUCUGAUUUCCAUCUGCUGUAUGCCAUUUACAGUUGUAACUCUUUUCUACGGUCAGUGGAUCUUUGGUGAAACUUUUUGUCGAGUUAAUGGUUUCGAGGUGUUCACGUUUGCAGUGGCUUCAAUUUAUUGCAUGGGAGUCAUUGCAAUCAGCCGAUAUUUCUGCGUUGUAAAACCAGAAAGGUACUUGGUGUUGUUUAGGAAGGAGAAAAUUUCUUUUUACAUUGCUUUUGCGUGGUUGGCAGCUCUCGUUGGAUCUGUACCUCCCAUUUUCUUUGAGAAAGGCGGAUUUGAAUUCAAGCCGGGAAAAGGGAUGUGUUUGUACACAUUCGAAAGCGACAUUGGUUAUACAUUGUUUGUCGGAUUUGUUUGUAUCACAGCCCCCUUAACACUUAUAACCAUCAGCUAUGUAAUGGUGUUCCGCGCAGUUUCAAGAUCAAAUCGAGUUUUCUCGGAAGAAAGCGAUUUUCCUCGUUUACGAGCGAAUAUUGAGGAAGCCAAAGUGAGCAAGACUUUAGUUGCAGUUCUAGUUGGUUUUGUGUCUUGUUGGAUGCCAAUUUAUGUCAUCGACACCACUGAUGCCUUGCGCGGGAACAACGCUUUCCCGCGAGAAGUGUACAUUUCUUACGCGUUCUUGCUUUACUUGAGUAGCACCAUAAACCCGGUUAUUUACGGCGUCAUGAAUAAGGAAUUGAGGCGAGAAUACAAGGAUAUCUUUAGCAAGAUUCUUCGUUGCCAGCACCAUAAUAUUAUAGAGACUGAGACUAAUCCUGAAGUAAGGUUUACCGCUCGACUGGAAGGCAGGUCUACUUGA